AUGGUAAUAAUAACGGCGUGCCCAGGCGACGCCGACGAUCGUUUCGGCCCCGGCGUGGCGACAUCGUGCCGGCGCUUCGACUUCACGCUGCUCUUCGAAGACGUCUUUUGCACAUUACUGCCGUGCACCGUCUUCAUUGUCGCUGCGACCCUCCGCAUCGCCAUCCUGCUUUUCCGCCACCCUGACAGCCGCCUGCAUGGACUCGUGGGCCCACAACACCAAUACCGGCUAUUCCCCGCACUCGUGCCUGUCGUGUAUCUCGCCACCUAUGUAGCUCUCGACGGCGUGGCGUUUGCUGGAGCGGGCGUGGCGUUUGCGGCGGCGCUGGCAGUGCCUGUGCUCUGGCUGGUCGAGAAGUGGAAGCGCGGCCCUACACGGCCGUCGAUGAUCUUGGGCCUGUACCUGUGUAUCCGCUUGCUGCUGCGCGCCGUCACUGUGCGCACCGCCUGGCUCGUGGCGGCGACCAGUGCAUACACACACACAGCGACGGCGGCAUUGGCCGUGCACGUGCUCGUGCUGCUAGGAGACGAGUGCAGUCCCCUCCUACUUCUGCGCCAAGCCGCUACGCCCCCCACGACGCGAGAGUCGCGCGCGGGCUUCCUCAGUCGCAGCGUGCUCGCGUGGCUGCUCGCUCUGUUGCGCGCUGGAUUCGCCCGACACCGCCGUCUGAGCGUCGACGACCUGAUCGCCGUCGCCAACGCCCCCUCCAGCUUCACCACUCUCGAUGCCUUCCACCGCGGCCGUGGUGGCCUCCUCGAGCACUCGCUGACAUGCACCGCCGUGCCGGGUCUGUUGUGCGUGGCGCCGCGACUCGGUGCCGGCGCCUUCGCCUUCACCCAGCCCUUCCUCACCACCGUCCUUGUCGACUACUUCUCGCGCGCCGACAAGCCGCUCCAUCGUGGCUAUGGGCUCACGGGCGCGUGUUUCCUGGUCUACACCGGCAUCGCCAUUGCCCACGCGUGGUAUCGCACGCUCGCCUGCCGCUGGGCAACGGCCGGCCGCGCUUUGCACACCGACCUGAUUGUGCAGAAAUUGUCUCGGCUCGCGGUCGACCAUGUCGCCGAAGCCCAGGCUCUUACCAUGAUGAGCUCCGAUGUGCAGCGCAUCGCCGUCGCCACCACCUUUGUCCACGAGCUGUGGGCCGCUCCCCUUGAGGCUGGCGCGGCAACAUACCUGCUCUGGCGACAGCUAGGCCCGUCCUCGCUAGCCGCCUUGGCCAUUGCUCUGGUGUGCGCGGGGCUCUCGAUGAUUCUGGGGCGACGCAUUGGCCCCGCGCAGCGUGCGUGGCUCGAGGCCUCCGAACGACGAAUCUUGGCAACGCGGAAGUUCCUGACAUCGCGCAAGGCUGUGAAGAUGAUGGGACUGGAUGCCGCUGUGGCUGCGACCAUCACCGACUCUCGCCAGCAGGAAUUCGCCGCAUCGAAGCCAUUUCGUGCUCUGAUGGUGGGAAGCGUGGUAGUGUCCUUCUCCACUCUGUCACUGGCACCCGUCGUCACAUUCGGCGCUUACGUAGGCAUCCACGGUGCCGCCUUUGAUGCGGCCCAGCUAUUCGGCUCGCUUGUUCUCAUUAGCCUGCUUGCAAGUCCCCUGGUGCGAGUAUUCCAGAUCAUUCCCCACUUCGCCGCAGCCUUGGCCUGCAUUGCUCGACUCGAAACGUUUCUGCGCAGAGACGAUGCGCAUGCUGAACGUGCAACGAUCGUUCAUUCAUCUCACCCUCGACUCCAACGUGGCAUUCAUCAAGUCGACCCGGAGAAGAGCUUGUGUCAUUCUGCGCCUCAUUCGCCAGGGAGUAUCCUCAUCGAAAAUGUCCACAUGAGCUGGGACUCGCAUGUUCUCUUCGCCGGCAUCAAUCUCCGCAUCCCAAAUGGCCAUCACUUAGCUAUCACCGGCCCAGUCGGCUCGGGUAAGACCACUCUACUCCGCCUCAUGCUGGGCGAGAUUGCUCCCACCGAUGGAAUCAUCAUGGUCGACAGAUCCGUCCCGGUUGGCUACUGUGCCCAGACACCGUGGCUCGAGAAUCUGCCUGCCUACGACAACGUAUUCCAGAAUACUGCGCCAAACGAUGCGUGGCGAGAAACGAUCAUCGAUGCAUGUGCAAUCCGUCCGUUGCUCGACUCAAAGACUAGCAGUGCUGCUGGUGAGCCGAUCGGUAGUCGAGGCUCCAUGCUCAGCGGCGGCGAGAAACAGCGUCUGGCUCUUGCGCGAGCGGUGGCACUGCGGCCCUCGGUGUUGCUGCUCGACGAUCCUUUGAGUGCUGUUGACCGCGGAACCUUGGUCCACAUUACGAAUCGGCUCUUUGGUCCUGGUGGCAUCUUGCGUCAAUCGCAAACGACUGUUGUUCAAAUUGCAAACAAUGAUUAUAUGGCCAGCUUCGCCGAUGAGGUGCUCAGAAUUGAUGCCGAUGGCUGCCUACGGUCUCACGAUAACUACCCUCGGUCACAAUGCAACAGCGGUGAUAAAAAGCAAUGGAAGAUGGACAGCCAAAGCACUAAUGUGGGGCAGACAGAGAAAGCUUUAUUGCAUCCUGCAGCCACUGCUCUUUCCAGCGCACGAUUUACCCGCGUGCGUGACACGCAGGUGUAUAGGUUGUACUUUACCUCGAUAGGACCUGGGAUCUUCACUGCCUUCAUCAUCUGCGGGAUGAUUUUCGCCCUCACCAUGAAGUUUCCCAAUAUCUGGGCGACGUGGUGGGCCGACUCUCUAACCAAACAUUCUGCUAGCCGAAGUCUUGGAAUCUGGAUGGGCCUCUACGCUCUUUUUGGUUGCCUGCCUCUGGUCGUGCUGUCUGUAUGGCUGAGCCUUUUAAUGCUAAACAUGGUACCCAAGUCAGGUCUUGGAUUCCAUGCGCAGCUGCUGAGGACGGUGCUCGGCGCUACGCUCAGCUGCGUCAGCGGAAGUGACAUUGGAGAUCUGAUGAAUCGCUUCAACCAAGACAUUGGACUCAUCGACUCCCGGCUGCCUCUCAGCCUGCUUAACACAGUCUCGGGCAUGUUCUUGUGUAUCGCACAGCUCUUCAUCGUAGCUAUACCUGCGGUUUACAUACUGGCCGCUCUGCCUAUCUUGCUUGCGGUGCUUUCCAUUUUGCAAAUUGUAUACCUACGAACAUCGAAGCAGUUGCGACAGCUUGAUCUGCAAUCGAAAGCGGCCUUGCAUGCCAAAAUGGCUGAGCUUCACGAAGGUCUCGUCACCAUCAGGGCGCACAAGUUGCAGCGAGCCAAGCACAUCUCAUUUUUGGACAAACUCGAGCGCUCUCAGCGGCCAUUCUACAUCAUGUAUGUCAUUCAGGCCUGGCUUCAGCUUGUGUUGAAUUGUAUUGUGGCGGGUCUUUGCACCGCUGUGGUUGGCUUGUCGGUGGGCAUGCGGAACUCGACAUCUGCCAGUCGCGUUGGCCUAUCCAUGCUGAACCUCGUCACGCUGGGGCAAUCACUUGAGGAUCUCAUAGAGCCAUGGACACAAAUGGAAACUUCCCUGGCCGCAAUUGCACGAAUCAAGUCUUUUGAGAUGGAUACGCCUCAAGAACACCGUGGUGUGAAUGUAUUGGAUGUUCCAAGCGACUGGCCCACGGACGGAUCGUUGGAUCUUCAAGGCGUGUGGGUGACAUAUUCUCCUGAGGGCGAGAAGGCUGACUGGGCAUUGCAAAAUGUGACAUUCCGCAUUGCGGCCGGAGAAAAGGUGGCCAUCUGCGGCAAAACGGGUUCCGGAAAAUCAACGCUUCUACUGAGUAUUCUUGCACUCCUCGAGCCAUCACGAGGCGCUAUUGUCCUCGACGACAUGGACAUUACUCGUGUGCCACAGAAUAUCCUACGGACCAGGAUUGUCACUGUGCCACAAGAGCCAUAUUUGCACGGAGACAGUGUUCGCAAUGCUAUGGAUGCUGGAAGUGAUGAGGCACUUCGGGAGGUGCUUCAGGCAUGCGGACUCCUUGAUAAGAUCGAAGCGGGCGGUGGGUUGGAUUCUUCACUUUCUGCUUUGAGUUUGUCUGCCGGACAGACGCAGCUCUUUGUCUUGGCUCGAACCAUAAUUCAUGCAGGGAAGGCUCAAGGCGGAUUGAUUUUGCUCGAUGAGUCCACCAGCAGCAUUGAUCAUGUGGCAGCACAUGCCAUGUUAAAGCUAGUCCGUGCCAGGCUACCUUCCAAGACUGUGCUUUCAAUCCUACACGAUCUCGAGGCUGCAAUGGAGUUUGACCGGAUCAUAGUGCUCGACGAGGGAAGAGUGACUUGUGAUGGAAAUCCUGCCGAUGUGCUGCAGGAGUCUGAGCUGUUCUCGUCGUUGCGAAAGGAUCGAAACUACAGCACAAGACACGUGUAGUACAACUAAUCAAGUCAAUGCUUGAGGUCUGCACACAUCUCUGCCCACCAGAUAUCCAUCGCCUGAGCACGCAUUAUGCCGUCCUUGUUGAGAUCGUCCAUUGCCUUUCUCACCAUGGACACCCCGGCCAAGAUCUCCUCUUCCUGCCACUGCGCUAGCUUCUCCUUUCGCACCGCAGCUUCGAAAUUAGCCGAGAGAACGUAUUCUACUUCGAGAUGUGCCUCCGGCAUGUCCUCCGCUGGGCUGAGGUGACCUUCUCUGGCCACCACGAAACUUGCGUCCGAUGCAGCUCUCCGGAUGUCGUUGACCUCGGGCGCUGCACGUACGUUUGGCUCUCGCGGGUCAGCCACAAGACGAACACCUUUGCUCGCGUGGAGCCGUGCUUGUACCCUCGCUGCCAGGACGUGCGGCAUUUGCUCGCGCUUCGAAGCCGCGAAAUCAUACUCGGCAACGUACACCCUCGAAAUCCCAGCGCCGGCGAGCGCUUGAAAUAACGACGCUACACUGGCAGCAGUGGGAAAAUACCACAAGCUUAAACACAGCGUUGCAGCAUCGAAUCGCGGCGCCUUCUCGCCACGGCCCGCUAACAUCGUUUCUGCAUCUGUGCGCAAAAAGCUGAUUUGCGGGCCAAACUCCGUGUGCAG